AUGGCUAACUGUGAAUCAUCGGUGAGUUCAAAUUCUGGAGAGCAGUUUCGAUUAGUUGAUCUGAAACUUCCUAGAUUGAACGACGAGGAAAUCAAAAUCCAAGUGAAGCAAACCCAUGCAAAACAUUACGCACUGGUGCUACGUCAACCACUUAUCGUCUCCAUUUCCCAUAUCUUGGAGCCUGCCACCAAUUUUGUUGAUUCAAUAUUGUUGGAUAGGGAAGUAGUCGACAGAGAUAUUGAGUCAGGAGCCUCUAUUCUGCAAGAGUUUUCAACCAUAUCUGAGCUCAAAACAUUGGCGGGACAUGAUUAUUUCAUGAUUCCUACUCUCAUGAUGCAAAAGACUGCAAACAAUGCUGUGCAGAUGUUUGAUGAGAUUAAUGUUCAUAUGGCGUCAAUGGAUUUACUUGAAUUCUUAUCGGACUUAUCAUGGGAUGCAAAGGCAGUAAAUACCAUGGGUUGUUUUGUUUUCAAAUUUCUGGAGUUCUUGGGAUUCUUGCUUUAUGGUACUAACCAACCAAUAAUUGAUUUAGCCUCAUCAAUGGCAGCCUUAAAGGAAAACCAUAUUUCUCUUGUGGGCUCCUCAUCACUUGAGAAAUUUCAAGUACCACUUGACCAGCUUAACAAUCUCAUCAAGCUCACAUUAGAAGUGAUUGAAUACAUCUCUAAAUUUACGUUGUUGGCCGACACAGAGUACAACAAAGGAGACCUCUUAUCAAUGUGUGUACAUUGGGCAAUUCUAAGUGUGGUAGUUUGCUACGUUCAAGUCACUUUUCUCAUGCACAGUGGGUAA